UCAAGAGUGUCCGAAGUGGUGCAACAUUUCCCUUUACAGCAAACCGUUCGGAGAUAUUCGUGGUCUAAGGAGGGACGGCCCCGGUGUGUGUGAUGAAAAUUUCGCCUCUAACUUUCUCGUGUGUAUGUUUUACUUCCUUGUUUAUUGUUUCCUAUGGGGCCUUUGUUAUGUGUGAAUUUGCUUUUUUGUCUUUAUUUCUUAUUCGAAUGUCAGCCCUCGAAUCCCUUUAUGCAAAAUGCCCGAUUGGGUUUCCGAUUGAAUGGCGGGGAUAGUGCAGGAAAAAGCCAAAAGAAUGCAGAAAAUGGUGUCCGGG